AUGGCUUCAAAUGAGAAUACUGCCCAGGCAGUUGGCAUUGCCGAUGGCCUCGCGCCGUCGCAUACUUACGUGCCCAAUGAAGGCUACGUGAACCCUGAUACUGCAGACUCCGCCGAGGCGGGGCAAGUUCUGCCCGAUGAGCAGGAGGAAGACUAUGAGGAAGACGAGUACUACGACGACAUUUUCGACGAGGAAUUGGAUCGUGAAGAUAUUCUGUCUUCCGAUAACUCCGAUCUUACCAAAGCAUACAACCGCCAACGCAGAAUCAACGACCUCGCUAGCGACUCCAAUGUGCCGAGAUGGACAUACCCCAAGACGAACACCCAGAAGCCUACCGUGAACACCUCUGCGUCUGUCGAUGACCAGGUCAAGUCUCUCACUCGCCAUGCCGCAAAGAUCAAGCUGGACGACCAACAGGCCGGUAUUUCGGGGCACUCCAGCAAGGGUGGAGAUAAGGCAGACCGAGCCACAUCUGAACAAGUGUUAGAUCCCCGUACGCGGAUGCUUUUGCUGCAGAUGAUCAACCGAGGUCUCGUCUCGGAAAUCCACGGAUGUUUGUCGACCGGAAAGGAAGCGAAUGUCUAUCAUGCCAUGUCCAUCUCGCAGGAAGACGAGGAUGCUGCCCCACUACACCGUGCGAUCAAGGUUUACAAGACAAGUAUCUUGGUAUUCAAGGAUCGUGAUAAGUACGUGACUGGAGAGUUCCGUUUCCGUCAGGGAUACAACAAAAGCAACAACCGCGCCAUGGUCAAACUUUGGGCCGAGAAGGAGAUGCGAAACCUGCGAAGAAUCUAUGCCGCUGGUAUUCCCUGCCCCGAGCCCAUCUUCCUUCGUCUGCACGUCCUUGUUAUGGGAUUCAUUGGUAGCUCAAAGGGUCUGGGCGCACCGCGCCUUAAGGAUGUGGACUUCAAUAUCCCUGAACCUGAGACUCGUUGGCGCUCACUCUAUAUCGAAUUGUUGGGCUAUAUGCGCGUUAUGUACCAGACCUGCCGUCUGGUGCACGCUGAUCUGAGCGAGUACAACAUUCUGUACCAUAAGGAACGCCUGUAUAUCAUCGAUGUCAGUCAAAGUGUUGAGCAUGACCACCCGCGCAGUCUAGAAUUCCUGCGCAUGGAUAUCAAGAACGUCAGCGACUUCUUCCGUCGAAAGAACAUUCUGACUCUUCCCGAGCGGACUGUGUUCAACUUCAUCAUCUCCCCAGAAGGACCCAUUGAUGGGACCGCUGGCAAUGAGGAGAUGACGAGUGCCAUUGAAAAGCUCCUCGUUGCCCGUGAGGAGGGUGACGAUGAGCAACAGGAGGCUGAGGAUGUCGACACUGCUGUCUUCCGUCAACAAUAUAUUCCCCAGACCCUAGAGCAGGUGUACGAUGUUGAGCGUGACGCCGAACGCAUUCGCGAUGGCCAAGGUGCUGAUCUGAUUUACGGAGAUCUCUUGGCCGGUGGCAAAAAGAAGGCCACUGCCACUGAUGCUGUUGAGGAAGACGCUGAAUCUGAUGCAAGCGGCGGUGUCUCCGUAUCGGGAUCCGACUCGGACGAUGAAGAAAUAGACCCGUUCGCGCCGAAGCCGCCACGAGGCAAGCGUUUCGAAGAUAAAGACAUCAAGCGCGACCACAAGGCAAAGGUGAAGGAGGAGAAGCGUGAGCAGCGGGCCAACAAAAUGCCGAAGCACAUGAAGAAGAAGCUUGUUUCUGGGUCUUCGAGAAAGAAGAAAUAA